CGGCAUCUCUGGUGGCGGCACUGUGACCCCCGUUGGCGGCAACAACCAUGAGCCGAGACUUCAAACCCGGAGACCUGAUCUUCGCCAAGAUGAAGGGCUACCCUCACUGGCCCGCGCGGGUGGAUGAAGUUCCUGAUGGAGCAGUAAAACCUCCUACAAAUAAGAUGCCCAUUUUCUUUUUUGGCACCCAUGAGACGGCAUUUUUGGGACCAAAGGACAUAUUUCCUUAUUCUGAAAAUAAAGAUAAAUAUGGCAAACCAAAUAAAAGAAAAGGCUUUAAUGAAGGGUUAUGGGAAAUUGACAACAACCCCAAAGUGAAAUUCUGUCAUCAGCAGUCCCAUCCAGCUGUUAACAGUGGUGUUAAAGAAACAGUUCAAGAAAGCUCUCAAGAGCCUAUGGAGAAUAAUGAAGAAAAAGGGUCGAAAAGGAGAAAGACUGCAGUUCCUAAAUUACCUGCUAAACAGGAUAAUUUACCCUUGGAAGGUGAAACAGAAGAAAAAGAAACUGGUGCUACCAAGGAAGAUGAUGUCCCUUCAGAAAAACCUAGUAAUGAAGAUACUGUGAAGGGAAAUGAUGUACCUAUUCCUAAAGCUGCUAGAAGAGGGAGAAAAAGAAAGGCUGAAAAACAAGCAGAAACUGAAGAGACUACAACAAUGGUAACACCUGCCACAGUGGCAGCAACAUCCACAGUGACUAUGGCUCCAAAAGUAAGCCCUAAAAGAGGAAGACCAGCAGCUACAGAAACAAAGGUUCCAAAACCAAGAGGCAGACCCAAACUGGUGAAAACACUGUGUCCUCCAGAGAGUGACAUAGUUCAUGAGGAAGAUAAGACCAAGAAAAAAGGACCAGAAGAAAAAACAAAAAAGCAGGUGAAAAAAGAUGAGGAGAGUCAAAAGGAAGAAGACAAACCGAGGAAAGACCUUGAUAAAAAGGAAGGAAAAAAGGAGGCUGAGCCAAAAAGGAAGAACGCUGCCAAAGUGGGCUCUGCAUCAGCUUCUGAUUCUGAGGAGGAAGGAGAAGAGCAGGAAGGUGAUAAGAAGAAAAAAGGAGGAAGAAAUUUUCAGGGAGCUCAUAGAAGAAAUGUGUUAAAAAGCCAACAUGAGCGAGAAGUAGGAGAAAGAAAGCGCAAGCAAGAAGAGCAGAUGGAAACUGAACCCUGGAGUCCACACCGUCAGACAGAACAAGGAAAAGGUUCUGCCUUAUGCUACUCUGGCUCUGCAAAGCCAAUUGAGUGAUUUCAAGAGCACUCUACACUCAGAAGAGAAUUAUCACAAACAAGCCAAGCAUCCGCAUGGAGAGAAGAUACUGCCAGAAACUUGGGGGGGGUGGGGACAGUAGAAAGAAAUCUGCCCUAUUCUGGAGAGCAAUUCCAGGAAUGGGUGAAGAAGGAGUCACCAGGAGAUCAUGAUGUACCCAGCCCCACAAUUAGUGGGAGGGAGAAAGAAGGGGAGAACAAGGUAACAACUCUGGGAGAACAGCUAAGAAAACGGUCCCUCCCUCAACAUGUAAUGACAACAUUUAACUCACGCCCUCUCUCUGCUAACUUUUCCGCACCCAUUAACAGAAACCCAGCCUAUUUUUGUCAUUCUCCUCAGACCUUUCCUCUUUUCUUCUACCACUCCUUCCCUAGAGCACUAAACUAAUUUCUCUUCCUGGCUAGCUGCCAAAUGGUAAGCAUCUCCUGCCUUACCAUUUCUUUGCAACUGCUUUAAUGUAUUAUGUAAAUUCUGUAGUAUAUCUUUUAUUUCUGCAACAAAUUUGUAGUGUAUUGUUUUGGUUAUACUAAUGUAUAAAAAAAAAAAAAAAAAGCCUCUUCCUUUUGAAACAGGUGUCUAAUUUGCUUCAUAUCUCUGAGGAACUAAGCCCAGGUGCACUGGAGUAAUUAUAGAGAGAAGCUGUUGGUUGCAGUAUUGGGAAACAGCGUAUCAUGGACUAUAGUGACCAGUGUUGAUGCUAAAUCUAAUAUAAAAUAUAUAUUUAUAUAUUUUCUGUCUAUGCUAUCUUUCUGUAAGGUUCUCAGCCAGUUGAAUGAAAAUAAGAUGACUUGUUCUUUGUCAGUUUAUCUUAAUCUCUAAUAAGAUGCCCCUUUAUAUCAUUAGUAUUGGCCAUUUUUAUCUGGGCCAAACAGAUAUUGUUGCUAUUUCUCCUUAGGGGGGUCUGUAUCAUUGAUAAUAAUAAGAAAUCCUAAGGACUAAGAAAUCCAUGACUCCAUCAUUUUAUAGAUUAUGAAAGGAAAGUAUAGGACAUGAUGAGCAUGAAAGGGGAAGGACUGACUUUUUUUCUGUAUAUCUUCUAACAUCUAGUGAAUUGAAAGCUUCAAAAGCAGUCAGUAUAUGAAUUACAAAACAUGCCCCUAAAGCCUGCUGGGACUUAUCAAGCAAAGUGACAACUGAACGUGACGUACUGGAGAUUUGUGAUAACCAGUGGUUUGUCAUAGUUACUGAACGUGUAGUGGAGUAUCAAACUUUAGUUUUGCUUCAGGCUAAGAUUUCAUAACUUUAGUGGGGGGAGGUUUCUUCCCCCUUCCCCCUCACCCAAAGAGGGAGAGCCAGAAGAUUUGAAAAAUAAUAAAUAAAUAGGCUAAAACCCUUACUCUUUACCCUUCUGUCCUUAAAAUUAAAAUGCAGUUUGAUUUUUAUAUACAAUUGAUUUUACAAUUUUGAUUUUUAAUAUACAAUAUAACUAGUAGGAUACUUAAGAAUUUACUUUGUUUUGUAGAUAUCUUUACUUCAUUACUGUUGUAUUGUGCUGUUUUGUGGUGUUUGGGUUUUGGGAGGUUUGUUUUUGGGUUUUUUGGCUAUAUGAUCACUUUUCCCAAAUUCCUAUGCAUAAUUGAGGUGGAAUCAUUUACCACUUUCAAAGUGUACUAGUCAUUAAAAUGGUCUUACAGUUAAAGAUUCUGCAUGCACAAAUGUUUCAUAGGUUACAGCUUUUUCUGUAGAAUAAAUAAAGAAUAAAAUUUAGAAAU